AUUUUUCACUAUUUGCUGCAUUGUGAGAAAGUAAACGAAGAAAAUUUGAUGCGUUAGUGGAAAAAUUGCGAAUACAAGUUAUCCACCAGUGUAAAACUACUAAUAAAAUAUGUCUCUCUUUGGAAUGAUGGGUGAUCUUGAGGAUGACCCUAUUUUUGGUCAUCAUAUGCGUUCGAUGCGGCAAAUGAAUAACAUGAUGAAUUCAUUAUUCGCGGAUCCAUUUGGAAUGUUUGGCGGUAUGGAUAGUAUCGCUGGGCCGUCCCUAGCUGGGCCUCGUGGAGGAUCUGCGUUGAUGCCUUUUAUGGGACCUAAUAUGAGCAUGAAUCGAUUGCUGAAUAAUAAUGCAACUCCGUCAUACUGUUCGAGUAGUGUAUUUUCAAUGUCUUCUGGACCAGAUGGACCGCAAGUAUACCAAGCUACUUCCAGCACCCGCACAGGGCCGGGGGGAAUUAAAGAAACGCGCAAAACGGUUCAAGAUAGUCGCUCAGGAACAAAAAAAAUGGCCAUCGGACAUCAUAUUGGCGAACGGGCUCACAUAAUCGAGCGCGAGCAAAACGUACGCACAGGGAACCAGGAAGAACGGCAGGAUUUUAUCAAUCUGGAUGACGAGGAAGCAGAAGAGUUUGACCGUGAAUUCCAAACUAAAGCUCGAAGCUCUCUAAGUCUCUCAGGUGGACGACGUUCUGGAGCAGAAAUUAUGGAGCUGCCAUCAAACCAACCAAACCCACAGCAUAUUCGUGCUAUUGCAAACACUCCAUACAACGUAUCUUCACCGGGUAGCAGUGGCCAGUAUCAGCAGCAGCAAAACACGUCGUCAUCGCCUAUUCCUGCGAAUCGUAACCGUAUAACUGGCGGUCCAGUUGCAUCGACAAUAACGCCACGUAGAGGCAUUCGAUCGCCAGCGUCAUCUCCGCUUGCUUUGCCUCCGUCACCCGGGAAUGGCCACAUUACGACAAGCGUACAUCCCCAUCCGUAUAACAUGGCAGGUAGAAAGAAUCGUGCUAUUAAAGGUCCAUCUUCCUCACCUUACCACCAAUAGAUUACCGACACGGAACACAUACUAGACAGCCGGUGGAAUAGGCUAUGUUCACUGCAAAUUACUUUAGGACCAGAACUGUUCAUCGUAAAAGGAAAAUUUAUGUAGUCCUAUUUCUAAGUUGAAACGAAAAUCUGAUAUGCGAUUAGCAAUCUUAUAUCCAAUCAAAACCACUAUAGAGCAUUCAGAAUUCCGAGGCUCAGAAUAUUUAUGUUCGGUUUCGAAUCAGCAAUGGCUGCAACCAUACUAUUUGUUGUGGUUAAUAUUGUUGUUUAUUAUUCCACAGACAAAUAGUCCUUUUUUAUGAUGAGCUAGUUUACUCAAAACGUUCAUAUAACUGAUACAAGUUCCCUCGAUAUUCAGUGUUUCUUAAGGAUGAUCUAGUUUAAGUUAAUAAGGAAUAUUCUUCGAACCUCUGUAAUCAUAGACAUAAUUCACGAUUAUAAGUUAGAACUGAUUUCCCAAAACGAUAUUGAGGUGUAGAUAUUGUUUUACUACGUGAUUGCCUGUCUAAUAAUAUUAAUGGUAUUAGAUAGAGACAGUCACAAAAUACGUUUUCUCACACUAUUGAUGCUUCAUCUGGAUGCUGACAAUCAUAAUGCAAAAUUAUUCAAUUAAAAAGAAAAUGACAUUCGUUAAUGUUAGUUCAAUAUCACAAAGAUCAAAGGAUCAACUUUUUCCAAACAUUUAACUUUCGGGAACUCGCUGUUUUUAUCACAUCGUUUAGCGUAUUCGAUUUCACAAAAUGAAUUGAAUCAUUCCUAUUUUUGAAAGACCCUUGAGAUAUGUAAAUAGGCACUCAUUGAUAAUCGAGAAAAUCUGUCGUAAAGCCGAAAUUACAUCGGCGAUCCCGGUUAGAAAGCUAAUGCAGUGUCAGCGAAACAUUAUUAUAAAUAACUUGAAGCAGUUUUAAUUCGCUAAACUGUGACAACUAACAAAUGUGUCACGAUUGUUAGCAUCAAUGAUAUUCAGUGAGUUAUUUAACUAAAUUGAAAAACAAAAUAAAAACAUAGCAAGGAUAUAUUGAAAAUUUCCGUUCAAUGGCUUGAAUUAUAAAAUCAUCUAUGUAUAACUUAAUAUUUCGACAAUUGGAAACACAUCGUUAUUAUAUAUGAAAGAUAGAAGCAAACUAAUUGUUUGGCAAGAAAAGAAUUUGUUGGUGGUGUAAUUUGUGAACUUGUGGAGUUUUUGUUUUUUUUUAGUUUUUAAAGUGUUUGUAAACGAAUUACUACAUAUGAUAAUGGAAAUAUUUAAUAAAAGAUUGGAGCGACAGAGCAAAGUCGUUGUUUGUA